UCCGUGUGGCUAGAGCACCGGCAGUUUACGCAGUGGCCUCGAAGCUGUAACAACGUCGCGUCCGCUCCGCUCCGCACCGCACCGCUACGAAUACCGCUCUGAAAACGUAUUUCUCUGGUUCUGGCUGGUGGCUCUUUUGCGUCUGAGCCACGAUUGCCGUCCGUCGUUCUUGGCCCUAACGUGUUAUCGCGACACGCGUACGCGUCGCUCUUGAUAAGGUGCCCCGACGCCUCCGCCAGCCCGUGCGAGCUCAGUACGAAAAGCCGCAACAUCUACUACCAACAUCCAUAUAGCCGACGGCAGAGUGAACUGUUAACGAAUGUGCUAAUCAAUGAAAAUGUUGCAAACGCUCGCAAAUUGAUCCAUCGGAUACAGCAUAUUGGUCGGUGUUUUAUUUAUAGCAGCAGCAUAUUAUAUAAGCAGCAUCUUAUGAGGCCAGUGACAACUGUUGGACGCUUGACAAACACUGAUCAAGUCGUCCUUAGAUCUGAUACUCGCUAAGAUCUACACGACGCCACACACGCUAAGGUCCAGUCCCUGACUAAAGCUGGCUAAAGAAUUUUGUGCAAAAGACUUGGAUUAAAAACCGCCAAAAUUGUGGAGGCAAUUAAAAUGAAGACUGAGCUGCGUUCCUGCGCAGCGUGUGGCGAACCAAUCUCGGAUCGAUUCUUUCUCGAGGUUGGCGGCUGCUCGUGGCACGCCCAUUGCCUCAGAUGCUGCAUGUGCAUGUGCCCCUUGGACCGCCAGCAGUCGUGCUUCAUCCGGGAAAGGCAGGUCUACUGCAAGGCCGACUACAGCAAAAGUUUUGGCGCCAAAUGUUCGAAAUGCUGUCGCGGCAUCUCCGCCUCGGACUGGGUGAGACGUGCCAGGGAUUUGGUCUUUCAUCUGGCCUGCUUUGCCUGCGAUCAGUGUGGACGCCAACUGUCCACCGGGGAACAGUUUGCCCUCAUGGAUGACCGGGUGCUCUGCAAGGCUCAUUAUCUGGAAACGGUCGAGGGUGGCACCACCUCAAGUGACGAGGGCUGUGAUGGUGAUGGUUAUCACAAGAGUAAAACGAAACGGGUACGCACCACCUUCACCGAGGAGCAAUUGCAAGUGCUGCAGGCCAACUUUCAGAUUGACAGUAAUCCGGAUGGCCAGGAUUUGGAGCGCAUUGCAUCGGUGACCGGUCUGAGCAAGCGUGUGACGCAAGUGUGGUUCCAGAAUUCGCGUGCGCGUCAGAAAAAACACAUACAUGCUGGUAAGAAUAAAAUACGCGAACCGGAAGGAAGCUCAUUUGCGCGUCAUAUUAACCUGCAGUUAACGUAUUCAUUUCAGAAUAACGCACAGAAUCCAAUGCAUAUGAACGGCUCCAAAGCGGGUCUAUACCCGACGCAUGAAUCCUCCAUGGAUGAGAUGUCGCAGGACUCGAAUGUGCAUUGCAUGCCCAGUGAGGUGUGACUAGAGCAGUCCUCGCCAGCACGAGCCCAUCGCUAGCGGGGCACGCCUCUACGUGUAUCCAAAGGGAUAGAUAUACACAGAUACACACACACUCAAAGCACACCAUCAAGAAACAAAAACAAAAAGAAAUGAAUGAAAACGCUAAACGUCCUUUCCUAGUCAAAAUUUUAUGUGAACGCUUGCAUAUGAAAUGAAAAGAACCCAGCAAAAAACAAAAAGUACAUGAUACCAUAGCAUUCCCCCCCUCCCAGUUAGGCUUUGAGCAUACUCCAUCAAGCAUCGUACCCAGAAAUCUCAUCCCACAAACAGAAAGACAAACAAACAAACAAACAAACAAACAAACAAACAUUCCUGCAUUGUAGUGUAAGAAGCUGCAGAGCUUAGUUAAUUUAAUUUAAAUGAAAUUUAAAUUUAAUUUAGUUUAAUAUUCGAUAGUGGCUAAGUGUUUCGCCCUCCCCUCCCCAACCACCCCCCCUCGUACAUAAAUGGAUCUAUCAUUUUUGUUGUUUUAUAAGAUUUGAAGGUUGAUAAACUGCUUGCCAAGGCUCCUGUAAUAUAUUUAUAUAUAUAUAUGUAUAUGUAUAUGCCUAUCCUAUAUCAUUAUCUUAUCGUAUACCUACCAUGAGAAACGUUGUUAUUGUUUAUUUUCUUGUUUUUUAAAUGUAUAAAAAUCGCUAUAAAUAUAUAAACUAUAUUUGUAGCUGUAGCUGCCCAGCACAGGCAUUUUGUAAAUAAUAAUGAUAGCCACAAUGGAUACGAAAAUGAAAAAAAAAAGAAAAGAAAAAACUAACAUUUAGUUAACACAAAUUAUAAUGAAAUACAAUUAAUGAUGAACCGAAAUCAAUUAAAAAGAAAUGAAUGGAAAAAAACAAAACAUUUUA